UUUGGGUAGGAUUGGGACGUCCUCAGCUGUUCUGGGAGAGACCUGGCAGACGCUCCAACGGGGUGCGCCUAGCCCUAAACUAGACGAAGGCUGCCCUGGAGCCCGGGCGUAGUUCUGCGCCUGCGCACGUUUGGGACGGGCGCCACCUAAUGACGCAUUACGCAGGCGCGGGCCAGUGGCCGGUUAGAGUCUUGAUGGAGUCGGAGUUGCUCCUUCAGAGGGUGUCGGCGCUGCAGGCCUGCAUCCGGGGCUUUUUGGUCCGACGCCGAUUCCAGAGCCUUCCAGUUGAGUAUGAAUCGAUUGUACAAGAGAUCGAGGGAGACCUGGGCACACUUCAGUGGAGUGCAGGCUGGAUUCCCAGGCCCCAUUUUCUCCCAAAGGGCUCUCAGACCUCUGUGAUAUCUCAGAAGGCAAAAUCCCAUCGCUCUUGGAAAGGAGGAGAGAAAGUGUCAAGUCCAGGGCAGGAACUGCGGAACCACUUCCGCUUUAAAAAGCCUGAGGAAAAGGUCAUCUGGGAGGAGAUGGCACUGAAGAAGACAGGAGAGAGCUCAGCAAACUCUGGAAGUCUUUGCAGAGCUGACAGCUCCUGGCUUCAGGUUGAGCACAGCAAUAAAACCAGGUAUCCCAGCCAAGAGGAGACCAGAGACACAUCAAGGAUGGAGAACCCAGAAGCCACAAGGGCAGGACUGUCCCACGGCCAUCAUGAGCUCCAGGAGCUCCAGUAUCACCGAAGCCAUUUGGCCAUGGAACUACUAUGGUUACAACAGGCCAUCAACAGCCGUAAGGAGUACCUAAUUCUCAGACAAACACUGACAUCCCCAGAAGCAGCCCAGACCAGAGAUGAGCUCAGCCUGUGCCCAGACCAUGGAAAACAGGCCUGUGAGAAGGUGUGGUCACAACCAAGCCCACUGCUGGAAGACAGGACCACUGGAGAGCUAGACCUUCCAGAUGACUCCUGUCAGAAGGGCAAAUCACAACCCUAUAAGUCCCCAGAAAGUCUGGGUACUACCAACAAAACCACUGCUGGGGCUAAAGGCAGGGAACCAUGUCAUGGGAAGGCUGGGCCUCGCCGACUUAUACCAUCAGAUAGCCAGGCUGGAGGGGACAGAUUGACCAAAAGGCCAGAUCACAAGAGGCAGACCUUUAAAGAUACCUUCUUGUAGCAGAUGAAACUUCUGGAGGACCAGACCUCUAGGGCCCUCAAACAUAGAACCCCCUGUUCUGGAAAUGCCAGGGCACAGCUGCCUACACUUGGUGAAGACCCAGAUGUCGAGGACAAGUCUCUCAGAAAGCCAAACCACAAAGAGCCUGACUGUCAAAUAUCCAGGCCACAAGAGUUGGACCUAUCAGAGGACCACAUCAUUUGGAAUGGGACUUCAGCAGGGCCAGAGCAUGACCUGGUCCUGGACCUCAGGAGGACUAAAUCACCCAAAGCACAGACACCCUGUGAUAGAAACUCGGGAGACAGAAUGUCCAAUGAGCCUAGUCACAAAGAAUGGAAAAACCACAGAAGUGCACUUUGGAGGUCAAGGCUGCCUGAGAAUCUGUCUUCCAUGGGAUUAGAGGAGAUAAGAGAGGACCAGUGGAAGGGCAGACCAUUGAAACAGGACCCUCAGGCUAGACCCUGGGGAGCCAGGAAAUGAACAGGUUCUAAGUGGGGACACUGAAAGGGCAAUGGAGAAGGCAAGCCCUCAUCCUGCUAACAGCUCUAGCCAGUGGUGGCUGGCGGGACCGAGAGGCUGACGUAGAGAGCUGGCAGUAGAGGAAGAAGACAAAGGAUACCCUUUGUCCUCUCCCUGUGGCGCAAUCCAAAUUUCAGGUCAAGCAGUUACCUGGGGAAAGUAAAGUGGGAGGCCUGGGGAAUAAAGGUUUUU